UCAUUUAGCAAUUUCUUUCGUCCAAUUAAAUUGUAAAGUGAUACAAAUUACACAAGACAACAAUGAUUUAUGAAUUUUACUGUGUUUAGAUAAUACGAUUUAUCCUGCUGGUCGGGGUACAAAUUGAGAAAUGGCAUCUAAAGUGAAGGAGAAAAUAAAGAAAAAGUCGACCACAAAAGUGGUAAACCAAGGUAACUUAGAUGAGGAGAGGCCCUCGAGUGCUCAUAGUCAAAUAAGUGUCAAGGAAGCAGCUGCUGUUGUAGACAACACAGAAAAAUUCACAGAAGAUGAAAGUAAACAGGAGAAAGAUGAAAAGAAUGCGCAAGACCAAAAAUCGGCAGAAAAAGAUGAAGACAGCCAUGUCAAAAAGAAAGAUAAGAAAAAGGAUAAAGUAGAAAAGAAAAAAGAUGGCAAAGCUAAGAAAUCCAAACAUGUCACCGCUCCUUCAAAAGUGGAGGAGCUACCUGAUCCAGAGCCCGCCCCAGACAAGAAGAGGAGGUCUCCCUCUCCAUUUGGAAGGAAUACAGUGGAACCGACCACUACAACGGAGUCAAACAUGGGAAGCCUGGCCUCAAUCAAGUCUCACUCUACAGUCAGAGAGGCUUGGACAGACCGGAGUUCUAUGUCUGAUGUGAACACAGUUCCGCCUUCCGUGGCAAGUAGUGUGAUCAGCGUGAGAGAGGCGGCGCGGGAAAAUCGGGCCUACUUAGCCAAUCAACAACGAGAUGAGGUGGCUUCUGACAGUUCUGAUGAGGAAAUUGAGGAGACAGAAGAAAUUAAGAAUGCCUACAUUCCGUACCUCUACGCAAAGAAGAACAUCAUCAAAGUCAUCAAAGACAUGAAGAGAAUGAGGUCCAAUCACAUACAUAUUGUGGCUGACAUACAGAAGGAAUACAAAAGCAUUGAGGACGAAACACAGAGGCAGUUCAACAUCUUUGUCAUCAAUCUUCGCGACACGUACAAAGGGAAAGUGACGACGUUCCGACAAGUCAUAGACAUACAUCGUACAGAACUUCAGUCCAAGGAAUCGUACUGGAACGAAAUGCUGGAGAGCUUAGCUGAGAGAAACAGACGUUUGCUGAAAGAAAAGAAAGUUUUGUUGAUACAAAACAAGGUUGAAAUUGAAAGACUAGAGAAAGAGAAGGCUGAGAUUCAGACUGAUCUAUCACAGAAGCUUGACAAAGCAACCGUUGCCUUGGCUACAGUUGAAAAGGAAAAGGAAGAUGAGAAAGAGAAAGAAACAAAUUUACAGGACGAAAUCAAAAAACUUAAGGAGGAUCUUGAGAAGGAAAAGUCAGCGGCAUCAGAGCUUGAGAAGGAGCUGGCUGAGGAGAAGAGACUCCGCGCGGCUGCAGGGAUUGCUGUGGUAGCAUCAGCAACUACCACAGACAAUAAAUCAGAGACUCCAGUGGAAGUGAGAAAAGAAACACCAGUUACAUCAUCAGCUGCAGUGUCCGCUUCUGAAAAGAAGGAAAUGUCUGCAGAGAGGGAAGAACUGGAGAAAGAGAGACAAAGGAUGAAUGAAGAGAGAAGCCAGAUGGAGGAAGACAGAAAGAAUUAUGGUGGAGAGAAGAAAGAAUGGAUGGAUCAGAUAAACAAACUACAGCAAGAUAUAGUGAUUCUGACUAAAGAGAGCUCUGAGUGGAAAGUGAAGUAUGAGAUGAUGAAGCAGCAGGCAGAGAAGUCGGCCGGCGUCCAGGAAAAGUACGCUGCCUUAGAGGCCCAGUACCAGGCCUUGGCGGCCAUUGUCAGUGCCUCAGAAGGCACAGAGGCCAUUGCUAAGGAAAACAAGAAGAAGACGGAGGAUGACCGUAACAUGAUGAACCAAGAGAAAACAGGGCUGGAGAAAGAGAUCAAACAAUGGGAGGCACAGUUCAAAAAGAAAAAUGGCCGAGAACCAAGCGAGGAAGACAAGACUGACUCUGUUAAAGAAAUGUAUGUUCAGCAAGAAGAGCUGAAUACUAUGGUCAGUUCCCUGGACAAAAAGCUGGAAACUUACCAGAAACUUGAGAAGGGAGACAUCCUGGACCCACCAGAGGUAGUCCAGACCACCUUGAAAGAACCGGAGGUCCAGACAAUAGAGGUAAAAGUUCCAGAUCCAAUGGUUAUGGCUCAGCUGAAAAAAGAACAAGAAGAAGUGGAGAAGCUUCACGAACAGAUUGCAGAACUCCAGAGAGAAAACACUGAAAAGAGCAGCCAUAUAAGUGAACUGAAUGAGGAACUCUCUAAACUUAGAGAUAAAAUCAGUCAGCUUGAGGCUGCUCUUAAAGCUGGUACAGUUGCUGCUGUUGCCUCAAAUACUGAUACACAGGAGGUUGAAGCUUUAAAGAAGGAGAACAAAGAGAUGAAAAAAGACAUUAAAAAGAUGUUAAAGAAAUUGGAGAAAGUUGAUGAAAAAGCAAAAUCAACAAAUGUUGAUCCAGAUACUCGUGUGCAGAAUUUGGAAGAGAAAGUUACUUCCCUUGAUGAGAAGAUAACGGACAUGGAGAGUGAGAAUGAGACUCUGAAAGAAGAGAAAAUAAAAACAGAGACUGAAAAAGAGGCUCUACUGCAGCAGAUUCAGACUCUUCAGCAACAGAUUGUUUCUCCGGCAGUGGCACCAGCAGUGGCUGUAACCUCCUCAACUCUGGUCAAAUCAGAACCAGUAGAUGGAUGCAAUGUUCCCGCACACAGCGACUUGCUUGAGCAACUGGAGAACAAACAGCUGGAAAUCAAGGAACUGCAGAAACAACUGCAAGAGAAGGAGACUCAAAUCCAGGAGAAAAUCAUGACCAUUCGGGAUCUGGAGAAGGAGCUGGAUAAACUAAGGACAGAGAAUAAGGACAUGAGAACAGACAUGCUGAAGAUGGCAAAACAACACCAGAAACUUCAACACAAACUGAAGGAUCUGGUGGAGUUUGAGAAGACCAAGAAGCUGCUGGAGGCCAUGGCAUUCUAUGUUCAUGAGAUACAUGGAGAGGUGCCUGCUGCUGCAGAGGGCGUGACUAAUCGCCUAGAAGUGGUCUCAUCUGAGGCCCUCAAACUGAAGGAGGGUCAGGACAAGAGUGUGAAGGCAGUAGAAGCCUGGGUCAGCAAGUUCACCAAGAAGAAUGGGCGAGAACCAACCGUCAAAGACAGAGAUUCUGAUGGAGAGAGGGCUUACAAGGUGUUGGAAGAGAAUGGCCAACUUCUGGAAGACAAGAAGGUGAUGGUGGAGGCCCUGCAGAUCAUGAAGACUGGGGACUACAAAGCUCCAGAGUCCAGGAUGAGCACCGAGGUUGUGUCAGAGGACUCUCCAGUGGAGAAGGUGGAGCAACAGAUGACGGCCCUGGGGGACAAGCUGAGUGACCUCGAGUCUGACAACGAUGACCUCAGGAAGGAGAGGAAUGAUGCAGUGGCCAAACUCAGAGAUAUGGAGUUACAGCUUGAACAGGCCAAGAGUGAAUUACAGCUUCAGUCAAGUCUAGCCUCAGGUCUACAGGACUCUCAGGAGUUGUCAGAGCAGAUAACCAACCUCCAGAGGCAGCUAAACACCUCAGAGUCCGCCCUACUGCAGGAGAAAACAGCCCACUCUAAUACACAGGAAGAACUGGAGGACCUCAAGAAACAGAUGGAGGUCCUCAAAGAGGAGGUGCAGGCUGAAAAGGAAGACCUCAAAGCCCAGAGGGCCAGUGAUAAACAGACCAAGGAUGCUGAAAAUAAAGCCAAAAUGGAGGAAAUUAAUGCCCUAAAAUCUCGAAAUGAACAACUUGAAAUGGAAAGACUUGCAAAUGUACCUGUGGACACAGCCAAAGAAAUCAAAGAUCUACAGACCAAAAUUGCUGCAUUGGAAAAAGAAAAGUCGGGGGCAGGAACAGCAAAUGCCACACUUCAAGCUCAGAUGAACGAGCUGAAGACCAAACUGGAGGGUGCCCAGAAGAAUGCGGAGACCCAGAGGGCUGCCAACAGGGAACUGGAGGCUAAAAACAAAACAGCCAAAGCAGACAAGGACAAAGCCAUUAAGGAGGUGACCAUGCAGAUCGAGAAGAGGGAGCAGCAGAGAGCCAACGAAGACAAGAAGAGAAUCGCCACCCUGGAGAGGAAGAUCAGGGAGCUAGAGGCCGGGGGAGUCAAACCCGUGGCUGCUGCAGCGGCUGUAGGGGGCAAGGCUGGGACAGAUGCUGGUGACAAGGUCCUGAAGGAACAGUUGGCCAGCCUGAAGAGAGAGAACAAUGAACUCAACACCAAACUCAAACAGCUAGACGCUGAACUCAAGAGAGGGGCCAGGCAAGCCACCACCUUGGGGAAUGAGGAGAAAAAUGAGAUGAAAAGGAAAGAAAAGAUUCUGAAAGAAUUGGAGAAGAAAUAUGAAAUUGAGAAAAACAAGACUUCUAAGCUAGACACUAACCUGAAGAGCACAGAGGAGGAACUCAAAGUCACCAGAAAGGAAAGGGAUGAGAAAGAACAUGAGCUAAAGAAGGUAAUGGCAGAGUUGUCUGCUCUUGGAGUGGCAGCUAAACAGGGCAUGGAAGCUGCCACCAAAGUGAAGACGCUUGAAACCGACAACAAAAAGUUAACGGAGGAAAACAAAGUCUUGACAGAAAACUACAACUCAGAAAGGGUCUUGAGGAAGAAAUAUUACAAUAUGGUGGAGGACAUGAAAGGAAAGAUCCGAGUAUACUGCAGGGCUCGUCCACUCAGCUCCACCGAAACUGACAGGGGUAACUACUCUGUUGUAAAGUCACCAGAUGAAUAUACAAUUAACGUGGAGUCGAGCAGAGGUACAAAAGAGUUCCAAUUUGAUGCCAUUUUCAUGGAAGAUUCCACUCAAGAGAAGAUUUUUGAAGACACAAAUAAUCUGAUUCAGUCAGCCAUGGAUGGUUACAAUGUUUGCAUCUUUGCUUACGGUCAAACAGGAAGUGGAAAGACUUUCACCAUGAUUGGAGACAGAGACCAGAGGUUUCCUGGAGUCGCUCCAAGGGCUUUUGAUAGAAUUUUCAGUUUGGCUCACGAAAUUAGAAACAAGUUCAGUGUGAAGGUCUCUACCUACAUGAUGGAGUUAUACAAUGAUAAGCUGAUUGACCUGUUUGCCAAGCCAGGAACCUCAGACGAUGAAAAGAUGGACAUAAAGAAGGACAAGAAGGGGCUGGUCUAUGUACAGGGGUCCAUCAUUAAGGAAGCCUCAAACUCCAAGGAACUGUUCGCUCUGUUCGAAGAGGGAAGCAAGAACAGGCACACUGCCUCCACAAAAAUGAAUGCUGAGAGCUCCCGUUCUCAUUUGAUCAUUGGUAUCACCAUUGAAACUACCAACAAGACAACUGGACAGGUUCUCACUGGAAAGCUGAGUUUAGUGGAUUUGGCUGGAAGUGAGAGGGUAGCAAAGACAGGGGCAACAGCAGAACAACUCAAGGAAGCUAUGUCCAUCAACAAGUCUCUGUCGGCCCUUGGGGACGUCAUUUCAGCCCUGAGCAGUGACCAGCAGUUCAUCCCCUACCGUAACCACAAGCUGACCAUGCUCAUGCAGGACUCGCUGGGAGGGAACGCCAAGACCCUCAUGUUUGUCAACAUCUCGCCGGCAGACUACAACCAAGAUGAGACCAUCAUCUCGCUCAUGUAUGCAUCCAGAGUAAAACUGAUCACAAACGAUGCCUCCAAGAACGCAGAGAACAAAGAGAUUAACCGACUGAAAAAUAUCAUUGCCAAGCUGAAGAAGGGAGAGACUAUCAAUGAAGAUGAUGAAUAGAAAAAAAAAAGAGUGGAAAAAAGAGGAAACAAACAUUUAGAAACACACGGCACAAAAACUUUACUAAUACCUACAAACUAAUAUGUGAAUUCACAUAAUGUUUUUAACUUUAUAAUUUUUUCAACACAAACAAGCCAGUGUUAAUGAGAUUUAUUUUAGAAAUUAUAGGUUUAUUUAAUAAUAUUUUAAUUGUUACUGUUGAUCUUUUAAGUGUUUCCGUCCAUUAUGCUAUUUUGCUUGAUUAAUUGUGAUUUUGUUUUUAUACUUAUUGAUUUUUUAUUUUGAUAACAAGUUUUUUAUAUAUGUAUGUGGUAUAAUCCGUCCUGAUUCCAAUUUUAUCUAAGACAAUUCUAUUUAUAGUAGUAUGGAAAUAAGUCUAGAUACUCCAUUUAUGCCUAUGAGAUUGACUCUCUGAUUAUUUUACAUGAUUUUAUUUAUGGAAAAAUAGAGGUCCAUGUAAUUACUUACCAAAAAAAUGUUUUACUAUAAUUAUAAAGAGAUUUUCACUUGAAAUGAGAUAAUGAUAGUAUUCUAAACUAUGAUUUACACAUAUAUUUGUCCAUUUGUGUAUCUUUUUUUUGGAAAGAAUUUUGUUAUUGAUAAUAUAUUUUAAAUUUGGCAAGUAUUGAUACAUAUGUUUAUGAUCCUUAAAAACACUGAAACCUGAGGGGCAGACAUAUAUAUGAUACAUAAAAAUAUACCUGAUUAUUUAAUCCGUAUUUUAAUUUAUAUUUUGUAGUUAUAUUUCAUGUAGAAAGGCUGGUCCUUGCAUUUUUUUUUUAAUAUCUAUAUUUUUUCUCUUGCCUGUGAUAUAAUUGUUUAAUAUAUGCAGUGUUUUAUUUACAUUUAACUUUGCCCAACCCUCGGUAAAUAUAAUGUUCAACAAUUUCUAGGAUUUUAAAGAAAAGAUUAUUUGUACUACAGAAUUUGUAUUGUUGUUAGAAAUUGGCUUAUACAUGUACCAACUUUCUUUGUGUGAAUCCUUUGACAUUCAGGUUACAUGUUAUGCUUUAUAAAACAAUUUCAAGAGCUGAGGGCUUAUAUGUUAGCUGUUCUAAUCAGAAUUUUUCAUUUCACAUUUUCAUCACCUUCUCUUAAACUACAUGUCAAAUCUCAACCAAACCUGAUAAAAAUUACAUUUUAGAUGUGGGGGGGGGGGGGGGGUCUUUCAAGUUUUUUGAAUUAACGGACCCAUCCUUUUCUAAGAAAAAUGUUUCAAAUUCCAAUACCAUUGCUACUGGGCCCAGAUAGGUCACAAUUCGGAAAUGGGGUGUCCGUUUCAAAUAUGUAGAAAUUCUUCAAAGAUUGGAGAUUAAUAUUUUUUGUAUGAAAAACAGAACAACUUUAAGGCCCGAAAGGGUGUGUGUUCCCAUUUGUGAAUUCGAGCAAAUCAACAUGAAAAUAAAUUUUUCCAUCAGAGAAUCAAAGUAUAUUUUUAAUUUGGUCAUUUAGUGUUGGUUUGACUGUAGGCUUGGACUUUUAAAUUUCUUAUUUUAAUGUGAUUUUUUAUAUUGUCAGUAUAAAUAUAUAUAUGAUUAUGUUAAUCAUCUUCCAGAUCCUAUCUAUUGUGCAAUGACUUAUAAUUAAUUAUAACAGAACUGUUCUAUUUCUUACAAAAUAAAGAUAUAUAAUUUAAUUAUA